CCGCUCAGCCAAUCAGCGCGCGGCAGUGUUUUCAUCUCGGGGUCGAAAUAAAAGGGCUGGAAUAAAAGGGGGCAGCGACGGCGCCGGCCGGGCCCGACACGCAGCAGCAGCAGCCGCGGGGUGGCUGCAGAGCGGGAGCCAGAGCCGGGCCACCGCGUCGCGCCGCGCCAUGGCGCCCACCCUGGCCACUGCCCAUCGGCGCCGCUGGUGGAUGGCCUGCACUGCCGUGUUGGAAAACCUCCUCUUCUCAGCAGUCCUCCUGGGCUGGGGCUCGCUGCUGAUCAUGCUCAAGUCAGAGGGCUUUUACUCCUACCUGUGUACUGAGCCAGAGAAUGUCACCAACAGCUCAGAGGGGGGCACAGCGAUGCCGGAGCUAGAGGAAGUGAGCUGGAUAAAUGGCUGGCUCAGCUGCCAGGCCCAGGACGAGAUGCUGAACUUGGCUUUCACCGUGGGCUCCUUCCUGCUCAGCGCCAUCACCCUUCCCCUGGGCAUCGUCAUGGACAAAUACGGCCCCAGGAAGCUCAGGCUGCUGGGCAGUGCCUGCUUCGCUGUCUCCUGCUUGAUGAUUGCCUAUGGCGCCAGUAACCCGGACUCCCUGUCUGUGCUCAUCUUCAUCGCCCUGUCUCUGAAUGGCUUUGGUGGGAUGUGCAUGACUUUCACCUCGCUGACGCUGCCCAACAUGUUCGGCGACCUUCGCUCCACCUUUAUUUCCCUGAUGAUUGGCUCCUAUGCCUCUUCAGCCGUCACCUUCCCAGGAAUCAAGGUCAUCUACGAUUUCGGGGUCUCCUUCAUCAUCAUCCUCGUGGUCUGGGCCAGCUGCUCCGGACUAGUUUUCUUCAAUUGCUUCUUUAACUGGCCCCUGGAGCCCUUCCCGGGGCCGGAAGACAUGGACUACACGGUGAAGAUCAAAUUCAGCUGGCUGGGCUUUGACCACAAGAUCACCGGGAAGCAGUUCUACAAGCAGGUGACCACGGUGGGCCGGCGCCUCAGCGUGGGCAGCUCCAUGCGGGGCGCCAAGGAGCAGGCGUCGCUGCAGGACGGCCACAAGCUGUGCCUGUCCACUGUGGACCUGGAGGUGAAGUGCCAGCCCGACGCCGCAGCGGCCCCCUCGUUCAUGCACAGCGUGUUCAGCCCCAUCCUGCUGCUCAGCCUCGUCACCAUGUGCGUCACGCAGCUGCGGCUCAUCUUCUACAUGGGUGCCAUGAACAACAUCCUCAAGUUUCUGGUCAGCGGCGACCAGGACGUAGUGAUGGCCACUGUUGGCCUCUACACGUCCAUCUUCGGCGUGCUCCAGCUGCUGUGUCUGCUGACGGCCCCCAUCAUCGGGUACAUCAUGGACUGGAGAAUGAAGGAAUGUGAAGAUGGCUCUGAAGAGCCUGAAGAGAAGGACACUAACCAAAACCCAGAGAAGAAGAAGCGGGACCGGCAGAUCCAGAAGGUCACCAACGCCAUGCGCGCCUUCGCCUUCACGAAUGUGCUGCUUGUGGGCUUUGGGGUGACCUGUCUCAUUCCCAACCUGCCUCUCCAGAUCCUCUCCUUCAUCCUGCACACCAUCGUGCGAGGCUUCAUCCACUCCUCCAUCGGAGGCCUGUAUGCUGCUGUGUACCCCUCCACGCAGUUCGGCAGUCUCACAGGUCUGCAGUCUCUGGUCAGUGCGCUCUUCGCCCUCCUGCAGCAGCCCCUGUUUCUGGCCAUGAUGGGUCCCCUCCAGGGAGACCCUCUGUGGGUCAACGUGGGGCUGCUGGGCCUGAGCUUGCUGGGCUUCUGCCUCCCCCUCUACCUCAUCUGCUACCGGCGCCAGCUGGAGAGGCAGCUGCAGCAGAAGAGGGAGAACGACAAGCUCUUCAUGAAGAUCAACGGUUCAUCCAACCAGGAGGCCUUCGUGUAGCGCCCAGCACUCCGCGCCGGGGCCUCCCACCCUGCUCCGGUGACUGACUCUGGUCCUCCGCCCCACCUCAGAGGACCCCACACGCACCUCCAGGGACUUUCCUUCACCGAGGGGGUGUCCGCGCUCCCUCCCUGGCCCCCAGCCUUGCCUGGGAGCUCUGCGUUGGAAGGACAGGGAGAGGCCUGGACAGAGCGUGGACGGAGCAGCCCCGGGCUGUGCCCUGGCACCCUCAGGGUCCUUGGGAUGCCUCCCCGGUACCUGCGGGAGGAGCUAGAGGCGCCCAGCAGGCAGGUCCUGCCCCUCCAGGGCCCGGGUGCUGCCACCUGUCCCUCAGCUGCAUGCCCUCCAGCCACGCCUGCUUGAGGACAAAGGCCUGUACUGUCUGCACCCCCUGGCCUGGCCCCUCGCCUCCUCCCCUGCCCCGUGGAGGAGUUUGCUGAGGAAGGAAGGCCCUGCUUCCUGCCGUUGGUGCUAACUCCUUUGUCAUUCCUGUGUCUGGGGCCUCUCCCACAGGGACUAUGGAGAAGACCCCGGGGGCCUGCGAGGGGAAGGGAGCCCGGGUUGGGUGGUCACUCACAGGGCCCAGGAGGCCUGGGCCAAGCUGGGCAGCACCCCCAGGCCUCCCCGCACAGCCAGAGGAGGGCCCAGUCCCCACUGCCAUGCUCGCCAGCUUUGUGACCUGAAGGGAAUUAAAGGGCACCAACAGGGCGACCCUCACACACAGAUGUUUUUGGCGGGUGCAAAGAAGGUGGCGGCUGAGAGAAGGGGAAGUUCAGGCCGGGGCGGGUGUGUCAGGACCUAGGAGAGAAAGGGAGCGAGUGUGUGUGCGCGUGACGUGUGUGGGGUGGGUCGGGGUCGGAUGUGGGCUCUGGGUGCCUGUCUGUAUUCUUGGGAGACGCCCCGGAGCCAGCCAGGCCUGCGGCGGGCUUGCGUCACGCAGAGGGUCCCAGCUGUAGGGCCACAGCGCCCCCUGCUGCCUGGUCCCGCCAGCACACCGGGGCUGUUUACAGGGGAGAGGCCCCCUCCUCCGUCUGCCCCUACACACCCCCACCACCCACAGAACCCCACCCGGACUUCUCAGGAGCCCUGAGUGGGGACGGUCUAUUUUUUAGGUUGAUGGUGGUUUUUUUUGUUUCCAGACUUUUUAUAAAGCAAUAAAUCCAUUUUCCUCCUGGCAGGGGGAUGCCCCUUCUA